AUGAGCUCGGUGGUGAUUUACGAUGCGACGACGGCAACAUGGAUACCAGAGAACGGGCGACUAACUUACAUCUACAGCCCUUCAAGUAUCCCCGUCUGCGGCACCUACAUGGCCUACGACAGCCCAGACAAGACGACCGGCCAAACCGUGAUCCGGUGCUCCGAUGGGAAAGCAGCAGCGACGUUCUACAGAGAUACUUCGACAUCGAGCAAGGCAACAUCGAGCAGCUCAUCAUCCACCACUUCGUCCGCCUCCAGCUCCCUCACAACGCUGGUCCGGACGGCGACAGUCACAGUAACCGACACCAGUUCAUCGUCAGAGCAGCCGAGCACGACGCCACCCUCCGCCGUCGCUGCCACAACCGACCCAGCGCACGACGACGCAAAUGGAGGUCAGAGCCCAGCCUGGAUCGCCGGCCCAAUCGUCGGUGGCAUCGCUGGAAUCGGCAUCAUCGCACUGCUCGUCUGGAUCGUGCUGCUCCUCCGAAAGCGCAAACAGGCCGAGCAGCAAAGCACAUCGGCGGCGAUCGACAGCUCCCACGCGCCAGAGAAGGGCUCCCCCUCGACCGGCACGGCUUCGUUCUACAUGCCAGGACAGGAGCAGGUAGUGUCGGCGGAACUCUCUGCGUAUGAGGUACCGCAACGGCCCGUCGAGCUACAGGGUGUUGAGUCGGGGCAGUAUCCAGGUCGGAGGCAAGGGGCAGAGCUAGAAUAG